UAUAAAUAAAAACUAAAAAAUAUUAAUAAUCCGCGCAAAAACUUUUUUUGGUUUUCGAUAACAUCAGAGCGAUUCCCAUCCUUCUCUGGAUUUAAACCGCGCAACAACAAAGCAGUGAAAAAAUUCCUCUUUGGGAUCUCAUUCCCCUUCCCCACCAUCGCCAUUCCAAACCAAGAAGAUCUUGCCUCAGCAGCUGCUCUGUAAAAAACCAGAAUCUGAACCAAAGCCAAGUCCGGGUCCAAACCGUCCUUUACAAAAGGCCGUGUGACGCCCGUUUCAGUCCACAGAAUUUGGGUCCUCUCAAACCCUUCAAAUAAGCAAACCAGUCGCCUCUACCGGGGAAAACUUACGGGUGGCUUGUUUUUCGGGGGAGGAGAAGAAAAGUUGCAGACCUUUUUAUCGCUAUUUAAUUAGUAGAUCUGCCAUGCCGGUUUCUGCUGGGUGUUCAGAAUUCUUGGGUUCUCGUUGAGGUUUUCUAAACGAUGACUGCUGAUGGUGGGGAAGAAGAAUCGCGGCACAACCGGACGCGCAGAGAGUUGGUAUGCCAUGCCGGCGCUGGCGCCGCCGCGGGUGCUAUUGCAGCCACGUUUGUGUGCCCAUUGGAUGUGAUCAAGACAAGGUUGCAGGUCCAUGGCCUGCCUGUAGCAGCACAUUCUAGUGGCCGAGGUAAAUUAUAGUGAUGGGUGUUUGAACAAAAAUAAAGGACACAAUGGAACCUAGCACUUCGUAUCCUUUCUUUCUAAUUUUGUGGUCAGAGACCUUUUCUCCUUUCUGGUAGUGGUACUAUACGGGCUGUGAGUUUGAAUCAUAGUUCUGGCUUGGAUAAGUCUCUGAAAUCAAAUAAAAAUGCAUUCUUUAUCUCCUUGGUGUUCUUGAUCCAACUGUUGACUGGUUAUAUUUACAUCUGCCUCAUAUAAUGGAGUACAAUCAACAUUAUUUGAUUUCCUUGCUUUUCUCUGUUCAAAUAGUUGAAUGCUGUCUACUACAAGAUGCGAAUUUCACUCAAGUUUAUGUUUAUACCCAUUAUUACCAUUAACCAUCCCUUGCGGGUUUAUUUGAUUGUUCUUCAGUGUUGGUUGGAUGGUUUAACUUUUAGUUGGCGAAUUGAUGGCUAUUCUUUGCGUUGGUCUUUAUCAUUUAUGCUCAGGUAGUGCUAUUGUCACAAUCUUACAGAGCAUAGUCAAGACUGAAGGUGUUAGGGGGCUAUAUCGUGGACUCUCCCCCACAAUAUUGGCGAUACUUCCUAAUUGGGCUGUCUAUUUCACAGUAUAUGAAAAACUAAAAGGCUUGUUUCUUACAAAUGGGGAUGAGAGUGGCCAAUUAACAGUUGGUCGAAACAUGAUUGUUGCUGCCGGGGCUGGUGCUGCCACAGCCAUCACAACAAAUCCACUGUGGGUUGUCAAAACUAGGCUCCAAACACAGGGAAUGCGAACUGGUAUAGUUCCAUACACAAGCAUAUUUUCGGCUUUAAAAAGAAUAACUUGCGAGGAAGGUCUGCGUGGGCUGUAUAGUGGUAUUCUGCCUUCCUUGGCUGGGAUAAGUCACGUUGCAAUUCAGUUUCCUGCAUACGAAAAGAUCAAGUCUUAUAUGGCAGCACGGGAUAAUACAACUAUCGACGAGCUAAGCCCUGGGGAUGUAGCAGUUGCCUCCUCGAUAGCCAAAGUUGGAGCUUCUGUAACAACUUACCCCCAUGAGGUUAUACGCUCAAGGCUUCAAGAGCAAGGGCAGGUCCGAGGUACCGAGGCUAGGUAUGCUGGGGUUGUUGAUUGCGUCAGGAAGGUGUUCCUAAAGGAAGGCCUCCCGGGGUUUUACCGUGGUUGUGCUACUAACUUGUUGAGGACAACCCCUUCAGCUGUCAUUACAUUUACCAGCUACGAGAUGAUACAUAGGUUAUUGGAGGGACUUAUACCCCCCGAGAAGAGGCACUCGAAGCCUCACCGUGAAAACAACAAAGGGAAUGGCGGCGGAAUAGAUGAUGACGAUAAGGCAACAUUGAACCAGGCGCAAAAGAGAGCUGCUUCCUCCAUACAUCUAUGAAGCAAAAUGGAGAACAGCAGAGGGUAGAGAAACAGAGAUAGAUUGGAAGGGAGAAGGGCCCUCCGACCGAGGGGGCUGCGUAUUAGUCGAAUAACGAAAUUACAUGGUUCUUACUUGUAUUGUUUCUGUUUCUUUUGUUGCAUAAUUGUGAUUUUCACCAAUUGUUGUUGUUCAUUUGGCAAAAGCUCCAAUCCAUAUUGAGCGAGUUGUUGUGCCAUGAAAUGAAAGUGACAGGUUUUUAUUGCUGAAAGUGAAAGUAAGGUGAAGAGAUGAUUGAUGGAUAGGAAGAAGAAAUCUGAACUGUCUUUUGUGGUUGCAUUUUUUCUGCAGAUUGGCAAAAAGAGGACGAGUGGAUGGAGUGGUACCGGUUGUCCACUUGUUAAGUUGAAGUGGAUGUAACGUAAGGUCCCAGCUAUGAU